AUGGCCAUCAUUGAGGGCUGGCUCCCGCCCACGCGGGCACACUACGACCUCAUCCUGCGGGUGUGGCAGUUUGCCUUUCCGCCGCUCGCGUCCAUCCAGUGGCUCGUGCGGUGGUACCCCAUGGGCAAGACGAGCGUCGCCAGCAGGCUCAACCUGCCGGGGCGCGUCGCCUGGAUGACGAUGGAGGCGCCGGGCUUCCUGACGCUGUUGUACCUGAUGAGCACGAUGCCGGAGCGGCACGGCAUCGACGACCUGCCGUGGCAGAACCGCGUGCUGGGCGGACUGUUUGUCAUCCACUACUCGUACCGCGCCAUCGCCUUCCCCCUCCUGCAGCCCUCCAUGGCGCCCAUCCACGCCCUCGUCUGGGCCGCCGCCCUGUGCUUCCAGCUCCUCAACGCCACCUGCCUCGGCUCCUGGCUGUCCGCCUACGGGCCCGUCACCGCCGACGCCUGGGCCGCGCAGUCGCCCCUCCCGCAGUUCGCCCUCGGCAUGCUGCUCUUCUACGUCGGGCUGGCGGGCAACUUUUUCCACGACGAGGAGCUGCGCGAGAUUCGCCGCCGCGCCGCCGCCAAGCAGCGCAAGCAGCAGUCCACCAACGGCCAAGGUAAAGUCGCCAACGGUGGCGGCACGGCGGCGGCGAAGCACCACUACGAGAUCCCCCAGGCCGGCCUCUUCCGGUACAUGCUGUACCCGCAUUACUUUUGCGAGUGGGUCGAGUGGCUGGGCUUCGUGAUGGCCGCCGGGUGGACGUGCGCGCCCGCGUGGGCGUUUCUCGUCAACGAGGUGGUGUCGAUGCUGCCGCGGGCCGUCAACGGGAAGCGCUGGUACGUGGAGAGGUUUGGCGCGGACAAGGUUGGCAAGAAGUGGGCGAUUAUCCCGGGCGUGCUGUAG